ACUGCAUUUCUGACUACUGAAAUCAGCAGUUCAUUGAAGUGCACAGCAGUGCAGCAGGAGAGUUCACAUUGGCAGCCUCUAUCAUGGACAGAAACACAACUUUCCCUGUUUCCUCUGGUAACCAUAGCCACAUGAACUACACCUGUUCCCGUGACAACGUCCUGAAGACUGUAGUUUUACCUGUCCUGUAUUCGCUCCUGUUCCUGGUGGGACUUACACUCAAUGGUGUAGCCAUGUGGGUGUUCUUUCGUAUCCCCUCAAACUCUCACUUCAUCAUUUAUCUCAAAAACAUUGUGGUUGCAGACGUAAUCAUGACUUUCACCUUCCCCUUUAAGGUGCUGUCUGACUCCAACAUGGCCUCCACUGGACUUCGGGUUUUCGUAUGCCGUGUCUCGUCUGUCCUCUUUUACCUCACGAUGUACAUUAGCAUCCUGUUCUUCGGCCUCAUCAGCAUCGACCGUUGCAGAAAAACACUGACACCAUUUCGAGGCACAAAUGCAGCCCGAUUAGCCAGACGCAAAAUUCUGUCGGGCUUCAUAUGGACUGCAUUAUUUGUUCUCUGUUUACCCAAUGUAAUUCUAACCAAGAAAACUCCAAAAUCUCAUUAUUUCAAGUGCAGUGACCUCAAGACAUCAGCUGGACUGUAUUGGCACGAGAUGGUUAAUUAUAUCUGUCAGGUGAUAUUCUGGGGCAACUUAGCCACAGUGACGAUUUGUUAUACCCUUAUCUCCAGAGAACUGUACAGGUCCUACGCUCGCACCAAGCAUCACCAACAAAGUGAUGGAGAGACUGCACAGGGACUCGGUGGCAUGGCUCCCAAAUCUCACCGUGCCAAAAGAAAAAUGAAUCCAAAAGUGUUUUUAGUCUUGGUAGUGUUCUUUGUGUGCUUUGUGCCAUUUCACUUUGCCAGAGUGCCGUACACAAUGAGCCAAACGCGGGUGGAUAAGUUCAACUGCCAACUGAAACUUCAACUUUAUCAGCUGAAGGAGAGUAUGCUUUUCCUGUCGUCUCUUAACUCGGUUCUGGACCCCCUCCUCUACUUCUUUCUGUGCAAAUCAUUCAGAACUAAGCUGUUCAAAACCCUGCGAUUGCCUCUCGGAACUUGCACCAGGCUCACAGGGAGAAGUUCUGCUGACAUGGAUUCGAGUACAGCCAUGUAAGAGACUGUCAUAAAUGAUUUGUUUUUUGUUUAAAUGCAGCUAUACCAUAAAAUGCACCUAUUACUCAAACAUAGGGUCAACUGUGAGAUUUAUAUUAAUCAGGUGUUUGAGCUCUAACAGGUGAAAUGUUACGUUUUAGCUUGUCAAUAAUGAACCAGCUAAUUAUGAGGGCCCAUUUGUGACAGCUACCUAAGUAGGUUAAAGCAUCUCCAAAUUUGCUUCUCUUGUGGGAAGUUCUUGGUCUUCUGAUGUUGUAAAUGUGCAAACUGUAUGAUUAGUUUGUACAAUAAGUGUGGAUUUGAUCAGAGUACUAAAUGUACACAAGGUGGCAGUCUUGGAUUAUGGAAUUUCACAAAUGCCUCAUGCAUUAAGUGUUUUUCAGUUUGUUUUGUUUUGGCAAAAGGAAGAGUCUCUCCUCUGCUGUAACUACAUGCUUUAUCCUGAUUAAUACAUGCUCUAUAUGAAAAGGCUUAUGUACAUAAACAAUACUGAUUUGAAGCAUAAUUCACAACAUGUGUACUGGAGCUCUGUGUCUAAGUCUUGCCAUGGCAGGUCAUGUUUGGUUGCCAAGAUUAUUGAUCUACUGCUGAGGUUGUCAGUAAUGGAAAGAACUUAAUACUAUAUGGGACAGAAGCAGCCUUUGUCUUUUGCCAAUGAUCUUCGCAUUAUGAAAUCUGAAAUGGAAAAUAAAUUUCGACAGACAGAUUUAGUGAUUGUUGGGCUGAGUUUUUGUAGUAUAAAAUCCUGAGCCAAACCCUUUCUCCUGGAGAAAACACUCCUGUAUUUGUUGCUUGCAAUUAUAAAAUCGUUGACGUAUGACAUCCCCCGCCAAUAUCAGCAACUAAAACUACUGCAAGCAUGUUCUUAUUUCUAAAGGGACAGAGACACAAAGACACAGGUCCCUGUUGUCAUCACUCAUUGUCAAAUUUGCAUCCCGCUGGUUUAAGAGCCCAUUACACCCAUAGUUUCUGAUUUUUCAGUCGGCCGCAUGGUGUGAUAUAGAACCUAUGUUGGUAAGUACAUAUCAGUUCAUAUUAAUUACUAUUGUCAGUUAAUGAGUAGUCUACUGUCUGUUUAAUAGUUUACUUAAAUUCACAUAUAUUCUACCAGGCUUGAAUGUACAAAGCUCUAUAGUGUAAGUCUACAUGUGAAUGUGGCACUUCAUAUGUUUCUGGUUUAUUUCAUAUUUGUAAAAUUAACAGCAACAUCUAACUGUACUUAACCUUAAUAAACAAAAUACUCUUUCCAAUGG